AUGUGUAUAUUUCAGUCUUUGAUGGAACUGCAUAAAAGACGAAGAUCUGUCACUGAACCAGAAGCGCGUUAUUUCAUGGGACAGGUGAAUUUUGUGGAAAACAAAUGUCGAUUUUUGAAGAUCAUUUCGCAUGAGAAAAGUUGUACUAUUACUGUAUAUCAAACAGCAAUAUUGAAAAGAAAUUCGUUGGCAACUCAGAAGAUCUUUUUGGUCAUUUGUGCUUGGGUUUGGGCACUAAGUCUUGCAAAUGAACGCCAUCAUAGAACAUUUGAAAAAACAGAUUGGAUGGAAUUGUGA